GCAAUCUCACUUUUUGACUAUGGCCUAUAAAUACUCCGUUUCAGCCUCAAAGUGUUUUGCCACAUAACCACGUUCAAUUAAACAUGGUAGCCGUUCUGAAGAGACAGAGAGAAAACGAAUCAGAGGAGUUCCAGUGCAAGACGUGUAACCGGAAAUUCUCGUCGUUCCAAGCGCUGGGAGGUCACCGGGCGAGCCACAAGAAGCCCAAGUUGGAGGGAGAAGAGGGCAAGGAUCUGAGCCGGAAGCCCAAAACCCACGAGUGUUCGAUUUGCGGGCAGGGAUUCUCGUUGGGCCAGGCCCUGGGAGGGCACAUGAGAAAACACAGGGGAGGCAUGAACGAAGGGUUUUCUUCAGUUAUUGCGGAGGCACCGCUUCUGAAACGUUCGAAUAGCAGCAAGAGGGUGAUGUGCUUGGAGUUGGAUCUCAACCUAACGCCGUUGGAAAAUGACUUGAAGUUGUUGUUCGGAAACAAGGCUCCUACGGUGCAUCUUUCCUUGUAGAUUUUUCUCAUUCUUUUCAUUAUUUUUUGUACAAAUUUUCCUUAUUCACUGAUUGAAUUCGGCUCUCUGCUGCUUCUUUGAGAUGUUAGAGUGUGUGUAGAUAGAUAGGUAACUGAUCCGGAAUUCUCACGCUGGAUUUCUGUUUCGCUUUCUGAUGAAGAACCGUGAAACAGAUAAA